AUGGCGGCCGAGUCAAACGAGUGCGAAACGGCAUUGAAUAUGAGUCCUACAUCCAGAGAUGAGCCUCCCAGCCCAGGAGAAAUGGAGCAGCGUGAGAGAAAGGCCAGCACAAGUUCAUCUGAGGAUAGAGACAGUGAUGGAAAUGACCGCAGGAGGGUUGUUGACAGUGACAGCAGUGAAGACGACAGUGAUGACGGUGCUAUACACAGGAUGAAGAGCAGUGUCACACAUAUCAAGCGUGCCUCUGAUGAUGAGAGCAAGAACAGACGAAGAAGCUCCUCACCUGACAGGGACGAAAAGAAGUCACAGUCAAGAUCCCGCUCCAGAUCCCGCUCUAGAUCUCGUUCUCCUCAAGAACGUUACAGAAGGGGUCGUAGGUCCAGGGAGCGUGAGCGAGAUCGAAACCGCUAUGACGACUGGGAUAGUUAUGAGCGGCGCUCCAGCAGAGAGGGGGAUUGGGAACACAGGAGGAGGGGAAGGUCAGCCUCCCCAGCCAAAAAUGAGGAGCCUCCAGUGAAAAAGAGGAAGGAAGGGCUGGACCCCAUCCUGACCCGCACCGGUGGGGCCUACAUCCCACCGGCCAAACUGCGAAUGAUGCAGGCUCAGAUCUCUGACAAGAGCAGUUUGGAGUAUCAGAGGAUGAGCUGGGAAGCCCUGAAGAAGUCCAUCAAUGGUCUGAUCAACAAAGUAAACGUUUCCAACAUCGCCAACAUUAUUCAAGAGCUUCUGCAGGAGAAUAUUGUGAGGGGCAGGGGUCUUCUGGCCAGGUCUACACUUCAGGCCCAGGCUGCCUCUUCCAUCUUCACCCAUGUGUACGCUGCUGUGGUGGCCAUAAUCAACUCCAAGUUUCCUCAGAUCGGAGAACUUAUUCUCAAGAGACUUAUCCUCAAUUUCCGGAAAGGUUACAGGAGGAAUGAUAAACAACAAUGUCUUACAGCAUCCAAGUUCGUGGCUCAUCUCAUCAACCAGAAUGUGGCUCAUGAAGUCCUGUGUCUAGAGAUGUUAACUCUGCUGUUGGAAAGACCCACUGAUGACAGUGUGGAAGUCGCCAUCAGCUUUCUAAAAGAGUGUGGUCUCAAACUGACAGAGGUCUCACCCCGAGGCAUUAAUGCUAUCUUUGAACGUCUGAGGAACAUCUUGCAUGAAUCAGAGAUAGAUAAGCGUGUACAGUACAUGAUUGAGGUGAUGUUUGCCAUCAGGAAGGAUGGGUUUAAGGACCACCCUAUUAUCCCAGAUGGGCUUGACCUAGUGGAGGAAGAGGACCAGUUCACACACAUGCUUCCUCUGGAGGACGAUUACAACACAGAGGACAUCAUAAAUGUCUUCAAGUUGGAUCCCAACUUCCUGGAGAACGAGGAGAAGUACAAAGCAAUUAAACGGGAAAUUCUUGACGAAGGAAGCAGUGAUUCUGGUGGUGACGCUGGUGGCAGUGGAGAUGACGAAGAUGAUGAUGAUGAAGAUGAAGACGAGGCAGCUGGAGAAGAACAAGAGAAAGUCACCAUCUUCGACCAGACAGAGGUCAACUUGGUUGCGUUCCGUCGAACGAUUUACCUCGCCAUCCAGUCAAGCUUGUUCUUGACCGGACAGAUCUUCAGCCUGACUUUUUCUGCCCGUCCCACAGUUUGCUGUGUUGGUAGGAUCAACACAAAGGGUCACUGUGGGAGUCCGGCCUUUUGGGCUGAAGAGAUUUACCUGACAUCUCCCAUGACAGAAUCUCUAAAGCGCCACUAUGGUUUAUUUGCUCGAGACAAUGAGGAUGAUGCUAAUGAGCGAGUCAGAGAGUGA